AUGGAAGAAACAACAAGCAAAACUCUAACUUGUGAUUUAAAUCAUUUAAAGAAACUUAAUUUCUACUUAAAUGAAAAAAAUAGAAAAAGAAUAGAAAAUUUACAGCAAUUGAUUUCUACAUCAUCAUCUGAAGAUAUAAAAAAUGUUUUAAAUCGUCAAUAUGAACUAUUAAUGAAGAAGCAGAGAAAAUAUUUCAUUUCCUCUACUAAUAUGCGAUAUAAAGAAACACCCUCAGAUCUGAAAAAAUUUGCUAUGAAUAACCUUGCAUUUGGGGACGAAUGUUGGAUAUCCACAUACAAAAAUGAAAUAAUUGAUUCUUUAAAUAAGCAUCAAAUCAUAAUUAUUAAAGGUGAGUCUGGUUAUGGGAAAAGUACCAGAAUACCAUUAUACGUUCAAGAGAUAAAUGAAUUUUGCCAAGGAAAAAAAAUUGCUAGUUGUCAACCUAAUUAUAUCAAUAUAUUAAGUUUAUCAUCCUAUAUGUCAACUUACUACAAAAAUAAACUUAACUUGAAAAUUGGAUAUGUCUUUGGAAAGGAGAAUACUGUAAAUAACGAAACAAACAUAGUAUUUACAAACUGUCAGAGUCUGUUACAAGAAUGUAUUCGUACUCCAUAUCUGUCAAAAUAUUUUUGUAUAAUAAUUGAUGAAUAUUUUCUUCAGAGUGCAGAGGCUGACUUGCUACUUUUGCAUAUGAAAGAAAUACUUCAACAAAGAUCAGAUUUCAAACUGAUUCUUAUUAAUCCUGCAUUUGAUAUUACUGAUUGUAAAAGCUAUUUUAAAGAUAAGCAAGAUGUAAUUACAAUGAUUUCGCUACCAUCCUUAACAUUUCCAGUGAAAACAGUUUAUAACACUAUUAGCAGCGAUAAAACUAAAUGUGUAGAAAAAUGUGCACAAUUAAUAAAGUUUAUUAACAAUAAUAAACUGGAUGGAAACAUACUGAUUUUUCUCCCUAGUACAAAAGAAAUGGAAAGCUGCUGUGAAAUGGUAAAAAAUGUAUUAAAAGAUAGAGUUGAAUAUCAUAUUUUACAUAACAUGAUGAAUCAAGAAGAAAUAUUUAAUUUGUAUGCAUUUUCAAAUAUUAGAAGGAAAGUUAUUUUUGCAAACCAAUGUGCUGAAUCCUUAUGGUUACCUAAUAUUUCUUAUGUUAUAGAUUCCGGUAAGUUAAAAGAAAGUAAAUAUCAAUCAGAAAAAGAAUCAUAUAUUAGUAAAUUCAACUCAGAGAGAAGAAAGAACCUUGCUGGGUGGUCAUUAAAAAACUGUUGUUAUAGAAUUUACACUUCUGAUACUUUGGAAGAAAUGCUGGAAAUGCCAAUACCAGAUAUUUUAAAAAUAGAACCAAGCCAAUUACUUUUAACCUUAUAUCGUUACAAAAUACCAAAUCCUAUUGAUGCAACAUUCAUAUCUUUGCCAGGUAACGAACAUAUUAAAGCAGGAUUAAAUAAAUUAAUAAAAAGUAAAGUAAUUAAAUCAAAUUCUUUGACUACUCUCGGAGAAGAUAUGAUUAAUUAUAUGCCCAUGCAAACUUCUCAUGCAAAAUUAAUUGCAUUAGGUAGAGAAAGGGGAAUUGAAUUUGAAGCUGUAAUGAUUCAUACAAUAUCGUCACUUAAAAAUCCAAUUUUUAUGACUAUUGGAGAAUCAAAAGAUAUUGGUAAAUUAAAAUUUUUUCAUCGUUAUGGUGAUUAUUUUGCAGUUUUCGAUGUUUAUUUUAAUUGGAUAAAACAAGUUAAUAAAGAAAGAUGGUGUGAAGAAAAUGGAAUUAAUCACACUGCAGUAACUUAUUUGCAUGGAAAAAUAGAUGAUACAUGUAAAGUUUUUGGAAUAAAACCUAAAGAGAUUUUGUCAAAUCUUGAUGUAGUCUAUGAAUUAAUAUGCGAAUGUUUCAUUGAUAACUUUUGCACUUACUCGGGUCAUUCUACACUUGGUUAUCAAUCAUUGGAAAGUGGAAAAAUUUUACAUAUUCAUCAUUCUUCUGUAUUAUUUCACAAAACAGCUAGCCCAGAAAAGUCUGUCGUAUACAGUAAUAUAAUUGAACACAGGAAGAAUAAUUAUAUGAUAAAUAUUACUCCACUUUCUGACUGUUUAUUAGAAAAAUUAAUACAGAAGAAUUUAAUUGGAGAAGUAAAACACACUAAAAAAUUAAUUUCAUCUGAGAUACCAUCGUUAGGAACUAUAUUGCUGAAGGAGUUUCUUCUAAAAGAUAGAAAGCAUCUAGAAAGUUUAGAGAAUAAAAUAAAAACACAUCUCAGAUGUGAUACAGUAAUAAUUGAUGCAUGUGUAGAAAGUGACAGUAUAUUAGUAUAUACGUAUCCAGAAUAUAUCAAUGAAGUGUCAUUAUUUGUUUCUGAUUAUUUAAAAGACUUUUCAAUGAAAUUAAGAUCAAAAGAAGAAAUUAUGACUAUGCAACUUGGACACUUAAGUAUGAAUGUGACAAUGAUCAAAGGAGCAGUUAUAAAACAUAUUAUUUUUUCAGCAAUUAAAAGUAAUGAGGAAGAUACUGUAUCAGAAGAACCAGAAAAUGAUUUUAGUUUUCGAUAUCAAUAUUCCAUUAAUCUUUCUUGGCAGAGACGCCAUUGUCGAGGUGAAGGAUUUGUCGCAUUUUAUUCAUCCGAAGAUUUUGCUGUUGCGCAAAAUUAUUUAUCAUCAAAUCCCAUGGUGGUAGAUGGUGUAAAUGUAAAAGUUUCUCCAAGUAGAAAAGAAGAAAAUCAGUUUUAUAUAGAAGGUCUGAGUUCAAACACUACUAAUGAAUCUCUGAAGGAAUCUGUUGAGAAGUCAUUAUCUGCAAAAAUUAAAGUGAAAGAAGCUUCCAUUGUUCUGGCUCAAGAAUUUACUACCACCUCAGACGAAAUAGAAUUAAUUAGGGAAACUUUAUUUUUGCAGUUUAUUUGCUAUAUUACAGGUAAUCUUGAAGUUGAAGUGGCAGUGCCUAAUAGUUUUGAUAUUAAAAUGAGAGCAUAUUUAAAUUUUGAUAAUGAUGAAGAUAUUUCCCUUGUAUUAGAUGCAAUUAGAAGAGAUAAUAUUCAGUUUCAAGAUUUAACACUGAAUGCAAUUCCUGUUUAUCGAAUGACAGUGAUUUGUCCUUCUGAUCAAUAUAAAUGUAUAAAAUCAAAUAUUAAAAGAAGACUAUUUGAAGAAGGUUUAGAAAAUAGAUUGAAGUUGAAAGAAAGUUGGGCAUCAGAUACAGUAUUUCUUAUUUUACUUUCAAAUGAUUUUAUGAUGAUGAAAGAGGCAGAAGUAUUAAUUUCCACUGAAUUGAAAGGGAAGUUAUUGGAAGAUUUAUCUCUUGGCCAUUUAAGGAAAUUGUUUUCCCAUUCAGGUAGACAGUGGUUGAAACAAGCCAGCAAAGCAACAGAAACAUUUAUAAUUCAAAAUUCAAAGCAUAAAACAAUUAGGAUAUGUGGAACAACUGAAAACUAUGAAAAAAUUAAAUUGAAAAUAUAUGAUUAUUUGAAGAACGUAGAAAAUGAAGUAAUAUCUGUUAUUAAUAUUAACCAAGGAGAUAUUUUAAAUCGAUCAGUAAUUAAAGGUUUAAUACAAAAGUAUGGCAUUACUUGCGACGGAUUUCUUGAACAAUUUCAAUUAACAUCCAUAGAAGUAAAUGUUCAAUAUGGUCAGCUGACAUUGCAUGGGAUGUCAAAGUCUAUUACAGAGGCAGUUGAGUAUUUAAAAAAUAUGUCCUGCUCUUCCACAUCAGUUUUGUCUGAUGAAGAUAGAUGUCCAGUUUGUUUCACAGUACCAGUUCCUGGCUUAAGUUAUCGAUUAGAGUUUUGUGGUCAUCUGUACUGUUCUGAUUGUGUAAAGCUUCUGGUUGCAGAACGGAGUAUUCCACUGAAAUGUUGUGAACAAAACUGUGGAAAGGAAUUAGUUAUAGACGACAUUCAGAGCAUAUUAAAUAACAAUGAAGAAGAAUUGAGAAACUUAUUGAAUUCUUCGCUUGAAGAAUUCGUUAGAAAGAAUUAUAAUAAGGUGAGAUUUUGUCCCGGCCCUGACUGUAAAAUGAUUUACAGCAUUCCAAACUCUGAAAAAGAUUCAUUAUGGACCUGUCCACUAUGUGCUGUUGUCAUCUGUUCUCUAUGUGGAUAUAAAGUGCAUCCAGGUAUGUCAUGCGAAAUGGCUAAAGAAAUGAGGAAAGACAUAGAUUAUUCCUUAAAGGUAUGGUUGGCACAAGAUCCUAAAAACAGAAAAGUUUGUCCCUCUCAUUCUUGUCACUCUCCAAUCCAAAAAGAUGGUGGCUGCAAUCAUAUGGUUUGUUGGAAGUGUCAUUGUCACUUAUGUUGGCUUUGUUUACAGAUUUUUCCAGAUGGAAAUUCUGUUUAUAAUCAUUUGCCUUAUUGUGCUUGUAACCAAAGUCCAUUUGCUUAACUGCCUUAGAAGACUUUUAUUGUGACAAAUGUGUAAUUUAUUUUAAUUAUGAAACUUAUAAUCUUUUAAGUGAAGUUAUUUGUUUUUAUAAAUUUUUUCUGGAAUUUUUAUA